GAAAGUGACAUGUUCAUCAUGGCUGGGAGAAUGGUGGGACACACCUUCGUGCAUGGAGGACCAUGCCUGUCGGGGCUCAGCCCUGCUGUUGUUCAUGUCCUGCUUGGAGGAAGUCCUGAAACUGCCACUGUCACACUAGAGGACUGUCCAGACAUAGACAUCCGAGCAACAAUCAGGCUUCUUGAAGGGGAAUCCGAAAUCUCUGAUGAGGGUAAAAUAAAUGUCCGGGACUUGGCCUUCGCCUGGGACCUCCCUUGCCUUACCGGAAAUAACCGCAGAUGGCUUUUUGAGAAGAUGUUGAUCCAUGCUGUAAUUGGACGUGUCAUAAGACAAAUUAAGCAGCUCAGACGUGGUCCUAAGGAGACGUCAAUGUGGGCCAUGCUGAGUCAACGCCCUGACACAGUGGCCCUGCUAUUUCCACAAGAGGGAGCAGUGGAUUAUAGCCCUGCGGUCAUUCUUCAGCGCAUCACCUGGCCUCGUGAUGAUGAUGAUGAUGAGGACGAUGACUGUUCAGUUGACACAAAAUGCCGUGUAUCAGGAUAUCUUCGCCGCUUCAUUGAAAAUGCGUCACCUGAUGUAAUGACCAAUCUGGUGAUAUUCUGGACCGGGUGGGAGAUUCUGCCACGGAAUAAUCUGUCCAUUGAGGUGGUCAACGGCAGCUUCCCCACUGCCUCAACCUGUUAUGAGACCCUGCGCAUCCCAGGGCAUUACAAGGACUAUGCAUCCUUUGAACAUGUAAUGCUGGCUUGUAUUGGCACUUGUCAAACAGAAUUUGGUCUUGUGUAAUGUGUUGGUAGAAG